UGGAGGAAGAUGACGAGAGCUCCGAUUCCAGCUUCUCGACCGUGUCAUCGUCGGCGCCGCUGACAAGGAAUGCAAGCGGCAUUGGCUGCUCCUCGAUCUUUACCAGGAUUCGAGGAGGUCGAGGUAGGCAGCAUCGCCAGCAUCAUCGCGCCAGGGGCGGCGGCGAUCGAGCUGGUGCUGUCAGGAUCGGAUCGAGCCCUUACAAAUUGCAGGAGAGGAUUCUGUCCAGGCAGAAGGGAGACGCGAGGAAUCGAUCGGGGCUGGGCCAAUUGCUCUCGCCGGAUCGUCUCAACGUGUCUGUUGCUCGCAAUAUUUUUCCUGGCGACAAUGUGGUGGAUGUACAGAAGGAACAGGCCAGCUCCUUUCGGCGAGAUAGAAUGUCGCAGAAACUUUGCGAAGCGUCGGGAACCAAGAUCGAGCAGCCCCACAAAUCUGGAACUCUAUCAUCAGCCAUCGCGGAAAUCUUUCGCUGUUUCAUCUGCUUGGGAAAGCUUAUGGAUGCUCAACUUUGUCCAUGCUGCUCUAAGCUGGUGUGCAUGCUAUGUAUCAAAGUACGCCUUGCAGCCUGAAUCAUUUCCAAGCGCUGGUUAACCGAUCAGAAGCCCGAGUGCCCUCACUGCCGUGCCUCGCUCUCGGUCUCGCAACUUGUAGGCUGCAAAUUCAUUUCCGAGAUUACGACGGAAGUGGAGAAAAUACACGGGAAUUUUGACGAGGAUGCUCCACCAGAGAAGAUUUGCCCAGCUCAUGGCAGUCCACUUUCGUAUUUCUGCACCACAUGCUCGACUGCAGUGUGCUCCGACUGCGCCAUCCUGGCCGAGAGCCACCAAAACCACUCGUUUGAACGCCUAAAUGUGACCUAUGGAAGGCAUUCCAAAAAAUUGCAUGUCGAGGCAUCAGCUCUACGUUCACGUCUUAAAGAUUUGUAUGAUAUGCUGGCGUCGGUUGACAAUGACAUUGAAGCUGUCUUGAAGGCCAAAGAUGAUCAAGCGACUGAGAUUGAAGCGGCUUUCAAAAGAAUGCGGGCGAAGCUCGAAGAACAGCUCAAAUGCAAGCUGCUGACACUAUUGGCACAGAAGGGUGCUGUUUCUCAAGAGGUGGAGUUGUUAGAGACCAUUUUGCGUCAACUUGAUUUUCAAUUAACUACAUCGUCCAAGAGCGAUCUCAUCGCUCAUGAACCGACAAUUACAUGUAUUAUACAGGACUUGCACAAGAAAAUCAAUCUUGAAUUAAGGCGGGACCCUGUUUCUUCAGAUUUUGUUUCCGAGGUUAUUCCUCCGUUUGAGCACGGGGAGCUUGUUCUUAAGAACUUCAGAAAGUAUUUGCAUGCGAAACCAAGCAAGAGCAACGAUUCUUCUAGUACAACUGACUCCACAAGCGACAUCGUUUACAGUGCGGUGGGUACCUUAGAUGCAGUGGACAUAACAAGGAGCCGAUUUCUGCCGCCGGGAUUACCUGGCGCCUAAAGGUACUUGAACUGUUCGUGCGGUUGCAGUCACGAUCCUGACUUGAUCGUGCAGCUGUAUCCAAAUGGUAGUGGUUCAUCGAAGGGAAGCCACAUUUCUGCAUUUCUUGAGGUCGGCCUCUUCAUUCAAUGUACCUGAGAAAAACUAACGCUAGUCACGUCUAGAUGGUCAAAGGUGGCUCUGAGCCUACAACAUAUGAAUAUGGCAUAGAGAUGUUACAUCGUUCGCAGCCGCACAUGAAAGUUGUGAGGCGAUUCUCUUCGGAUUUUGAGGCAAUCGAUAUCUCCAGAUCA